UUAUGGUUGCAGCCACUUCCGACGCCGUGUAUCAACACUAACGAAAUGACAGCAAAGGUGUGUAUUUACAGGUGAACAGGAGAAAUGAGCGUGUUGGUGCUGGGAGGAGAGUUGUGUGACAGGACUCCUCAGCAGAUCCACAAUGGGGAAUGUGCAGAGUUACGUCGUCCCCUCUCUCGCUGUUUGUUCAGUGUAUUUAGUUUAUGUUCACAUUUACUGUUCUCACAAGCUGCUGAAAACAAACGUACUCACCAGCGACAAACUUCCCAGUUUCUGGUAUCUGUACAUCAAAUAUGUGACCAGAGCUCUGACUCGGAGAGCAGGCUUCCUGCACACAGCCAGCACAGAGAAGUGUGAAGCUGGUUACACGGUCCUCAGGUGCAGGCUGGAGACUCCCAUGUUGAGGAGGUUCUGCAGUGCAGGAGGUUAUGGUUGGGAUUAUCCUGACACUGAAUACAGAGACAUACCACUGUGCUUCCCUGAGGUUCUGUGUGGAAGACUGCUGCUGAUGCUGCUCACCGACGAAAACUUCAGGCUCAGCCCAGCAGGUCUGGUUCGUGUGUGCCAGAGUUUGAAAACCUUUCAGCCAAUCGAUGAACUGAAGAAAGGUCCGUUCACGCUGCAAGUCCGAGUCCUGGUGUACCGGCAAAUCGAUGCAGGGGUGGAGGUGGACAUCUGUUUGUCUGCCACUUCUCGUUCUGGAUGCCCAGUGUGGGAAAGCGUCCUGACGCUGCUGUCCAAAAACAAGCUCCACAAAGCCAGCAGAGGCUUAACAGAGAGUGAACGUGAAAGCCAACCAGAUGAGCCUGUGCCAAAAAACAUGAAGCAGGUAGAGCUCAGAGUUCCCUGGAGAAACAGCCUGCAGUGCUUAAGGUCCUUCCCUGACUACUCCCUUUGCCGGCUCCUCUCUCUACCAGCCAGGCUCUUUGGCUGCAGAUUGCAGAGCGCUCCAAGUCUCUGGAUGCUGUCGGUCUGCUUGGCUGAAAUAGAAAAACACAAAGGGGUUGAAGUCAUCACAGCUCCCGUCAGCAUCACUGCCCAUUAUAAGGAGCCUCUGCUGGUACCAGGCAAAGUGACAAUCAGGUUUUGGGAGACGACCAGAAACGGGGGUCAGUCUUCUGCCAAAGGCCUGAGCUUCCACAUGCAGCAACAUGGAAGCAGCACGUAUCAUGUGGUGGGACAGAUUUCUAGGUCUUGAUUAAUGUGGAGUGUUGAUAUAUGUAAUGCUGUCAAAUUAAUAAAUAACAAUAAAGUUUUAAUAUUUUACAAUCAGCAUAUGAUGUUUACCAUUCAAGCCUUUUCUCAUAUGAUACAACAGAAUUACAACAGAAUUGUGUAUAUACUGUAAAAAAACAAACAAACAAAUGACUGUUUAUA